CAUUUGGUGAUUCUACUAAUAACUAUUAAAUGAGAAACCAAAUCAUGUGUAUCACAAAAUUUAUAACUUUGGUCCUUAAUAAGUCAAAUGGGUAUUGUAUUAACGUAUACCCAUUUUAGAAAAUAAUUUGUCUCAUGUUUAUGGAGUGGAAAGUAUGAAUCUUUUCCUUGAAACAAGCAGCUUUUUUAUUGGAACCAUGACUUUAUUAUGUCAUUUUUUGAUCAUCACCUUUCAGCAAUGCUCAUAAAUUCUUCCCCCACCUGCCUCCACUUCACAUCAUUCUCUGCUCUUUUCUUCAUCUCUCUCUCUCUCUGGCCAGGGAGGUGCAGGAGUGUUGAAACAGAGGAAGAAGAAAAUGGAGUUGUCAACUAGGAUUUUAAGUUGUUUACUGCUUGUUCUGGGGUUCUCAGUGGCUAAUGGGGAACCUCUUGUUCCAGCGCUGAUCAUCUUUGGUGACUCUGUUGUUGAUGUUGGGAACAACAACCACCUCACUACUCUCAUCAGGGCAAACUUCCUUCCUUACGGAAGAGACUUCGUUACGCAUAGGCCAACCGGAAGAUUCUGCAAUGGAAAGCUAGCUACUGACUUUACCGCUGAGUUCCUUGGCUUCACUUCAUAUCCACCAGCCUACCUCAGCCAAGAAGCCAAAGGGCAGAACCUACUGACUGGAGUUAACUUUGCUUCUGCAGCUUCUGGGUAUUAUGACAGAACUGCCCAGUUAUAUGGUGCACUCACUUUGACCCGCCAAUUGAAUUAUUACAAGGAGUAUCAGAAUAAAGUUGUGGACUUGGUGGGAAGAGCAAGAGCCAAUGACAUUUUCUCUGGUGCAAUCCACCUUCUGAGCGCAGGAAGCAGUGAUUUUGUUCAGAAUUACUACAUCAAUCCAAUUCUUAAUAGGCUCUACUCCCCCGAGCGAUUUUCAGAAAUUCUCAUGACAUCUUACUCUGCUUUCAUUCAAAAUCUGUAUGGUCUGGGAAUGCGAAGGAUCGGAGUGACAAGUCUACCACCAAUCGGGUGCUUGCCGGCAGCUAUCACCCUGUUUGGCGCAGGAAGCAAUCAAUGUGUUGGAAGAUUGAAUCGAGAUGCCAUGUCAUUCAACUACAUACUGAACAGCACAUCCCAAAGUCUCGUGGACAAGCUCCCUGGUCUUAAACUCGUGGUCUUUGAUAUCUACCACCCUCUCUUGGAUAUGAUCACAAGGCCAAGUGAAACUGGUUUCUUUGAAGCAAGAAGGGCUUGCUGUGGAACAGGUACACUAGAAACCUCCCUGCUUUGCAAUGCUCGGUCCUUGGGUACAUGCUCCAAUGCUACACAAUAUGUGUUUUGGGAUGGAUUCCAUCCUUCAGAAGCAGCUAACCAGGUCUUGGCUGGUAAUCUACUUGCACAAGGAGUGGGUCUAAUCUCUUGAAGCUACUUCCACCACAGUCAGCACACCUGUUAUCCUCUUAAAUACGGUUUUAUAUAAAUUUUAUCACAAAUAUAUAGGUUUGAAGUAUGUGUAGAAUCCCUUCAGUCAUACACGUAAAAAGAAUCAGUGAUGCUUCUCUAUAAAAUUAGAAACCCAAUAAGAUUCUCUUUGUCUGAGUGUCCA